AUGGCUUGCGAGCUGUGCAGCUUGCCACGAGUGUUAAUAGGAUGUAUUGCUGAGCUGUUGCCGCUGCCAGAAGGCCGAAGCGCUCACUUGCACGGAGUUUUUCCCAGCAUGGCCGCGGAGCGGCCAUGCUCCCGGAGUGACAUACUGACAUGUGAAGACUUGCAGCGUGAGUUGCAAGACUUUGCGAAGGAGAAAUUGCCGGAGUUGUUCGAAACAUUUGCCAAAGAAACUGCCAAAAUAUCAUGUGAACAGCUGAAAGAAGUGCUCGACUCCAUGAAGAUCACAAGGAAUGGGCGCAUCGGCACGUCCGCCCCGCUGCUGUUCGAGAGGAAGCCAUCAUUGAAGGCUGUGCCACCUCCGCUACCGGAGGGGGAGCCACUACCAGCUCUGCCAGGCCUAGUCCAGGCAGAUGCAGAGCCGGCAGUGGAUGAGAUCCUACCUGCCCCUGUAUCAUCUGCAGCUAAACCAGCCCAGGCAGAUGGCGCAAGAUCAAGUGUCACAAGCUUUGCCCAGUUACCAGAUCCAGAAGAGGACUCCAAAGGGAAAGAGGAGCAAGAGUCCCGUACUCCAGACGCCCGUAGGAGGCAUCAAAACUCAAAGGACAACGGCUGGGAUGCCCUGGCACAGCGAGUUCAACAAACAGAUACUGUGAAAGAGGUUCUGCAACAGGAAGUUUAUGCGUGGCCGAUGGAGUAUUUGACGUUGACGGUCAUCCUCAUUAAUGCUCUUUGCUUGGGGUUAGAAACCAACAUCAUGGCUGCCAAUUUGUCAGCCACGACACCAGAGGAAUUUAUUGGUCUUGGCUGGGCCUUCUGUGCCUUCUUCACAUUGGAGAUGUUUCUGAAGAUCUCCGCCAACCCCUCCCGAUUCUUUCUUGGAACUGCUUGGCAAUUGAACCUGCUUGACUUCUUUCUGAUGGCGCUUCAGUGGCUUGACGAACCUUGGACAGAUAUGGUUGUCGUUACCAUAUCCACGGCCGAUGAUGGCAACAGCGUGAACCUCAACAUCAUGCGGGCGAUCCGAAUGGUGCGAAGCUACCGCGUGCUGAGGAUGCUGGGCGAGGUACGGGCAAUCAUUUGGUCUGUGAGCACCUCCUUCAAGCCUUUGUUGGGAGCUCUGCUGGUGCUUAUGACGCUGAUCUACCUGCUUGCUGUCUUCCUGGUGGACACGUGCAACUACUACCGAGUGGAUACCGGUAUUUCAGACGCGGGCUUUGAGCAGUUGGGGACGUACUACGGGUCUCUGGCCCAAGGUAUGCUCACGCUGUGGCAGAUCAUCACAGGGGGCAUGGACUGGGCGAAUGCGGUGAAGCCUUUGAUUGACCACACCGGGGCCCAAGCAGUCUUUGUGGUCUUUUGCUAUAUUGCCUUCACGCAGCUGGCCCUACUCAACGUAAUCACUGGAGUAUGUGUCGAGAGCGCUGUGAAGAGGGGGAAAGAGGACAAGGAUACCUAUCUUGUGCAAUAUGUUCGAAGUGUGUUCAAGCGAAUGGAGAGCUCAUCCUCGGGCAUCAUAACAUGGGAUGACUUCCAGGCAAGCCUAAACUCAAGGGACAUGAAGGAGCUUUUCAAAGCUAUUGAUUUAGACAUCUCUGAAGCACAUUGCGUAUUCAAGAUAUUGGACCUGGAUGACGACGGCACCCUCGACGCAGACGAGUUUCUUAGCGGUGCCAUGCCACUCCAGCUGAAAGUUCAUCAUCUGGGCAAAAAGCGCAGUUUGGCCGUUCGCGAAACUGAUCCGAUCGAUGCUGUGAAGCUUUCUGUGCAGCGUCUGCUUGGCUUCAGACCUGCCGCAGUCCUUAUAGAUGGCAUGGAUCUUACGGAGGGCAAGACGCUUGCAGACUACAACGCUGAUGCGGCCUCUGUCAUUACCGUUACGCGGCGAAAGGCGAAAGCAGCGGAUGAAGCACCAGGCAAAGGCCCGGCUGCAGAAGAAGACGAUGUGACGAUAGUCACCCCGCCAAGAAAAGCUGCAAGACCUUCGCGGCGCAGGCCGCUGACAACAAUGGAUGUGGACGCGAAAGCCUUGGCUGAAGCUCAGAGACUACGCCUCGAAGGUCCUUUCAUGGAGGUAGCAGGAUCAUUGGAAGUUGUGGCCAGCGGCCUGCUCCCCAAGAAGGCAGCAGAUGCUCAGACAUUGCUUCAGAGCCUGAACAUGUGCAACGGCUGUGCGCAAGAGGCGCGACAGCUCAUUGCGGAACUGCAUGUUGCAGUCUCAUAG